CACAGAGGAGAUCAUCGACACAGAGGAGGCAGACGACAGGGACUUCCCUGAUUGUGAAGGCCUGCUGGGGCUCGUGUCCCCAGAGGGUCUGGAGGGUGUGGACGCUGCUGGCAGGGCCAACUCCCUGGAUCAGCUGUAUGGCGGUCAGAAGACCCCAACUCGCCGGCCCGUGGCACGCUAUGCCAAGUGGCACCAUGACGCUAACCGCGAAGCCCGGGAAGGGGAGGACGAUAAGAUGCUGUCUCCGUCGGAGGAGGAUGGGAACUCGUACGGAGCGUACACUCUGCCCUGUCGACGCUCACACUGCCUGUCUGAGGGCCUGACCAAUCACCAGGCUGCCUCCUGUAACACCAUGCAGGGCCGCAGAGCACAGACCAUACAGGAUGUGACAGCCGGAGAUGGCAGUGAGUACGAGGACAGUGGCAUAGACGGGGUGACGGCUUCGGGGGCGGAGCAUCAGUCCCGGCGCUAUAAGACCAUGUCUAUGUCCUUCUCCGUGUGCUCGGCGGCGGGGCGGAGCCUGUUCGCUGGCAGUGACAGCGGAAGCAGCAGUGGGGGAGGAGCCAGUGAGGGGGUCCAGGGGGUCUACGAGAACUUCAGACAGGAGUUGGAGAUGAGCUCGUGUCAGACAGAGAGUCUGGAGGAGGCGGGGUCAGCCCUGAGUGACGAACAGAGCGUCAUGAGCUCAGCCUACCAAUCAGAUCCCCUGCUCAGCGUUGCCCAGGGAACCGUGAGGAAGGCAGGCCGUCUGGCUGUCAAGAACUUCCUGGUUCACAAGAAGAACAAGAAGGUGGAGUCUGCCACCAGGAGGAAGUGGAAGAGCUACUGGGUCUGCCUCAAAGGAUGCACUCUGUUCUUCUACGAGACAGACGGGCGGUCGGGGAUCGACCACAACAGUGCUCCUAAACAUGCGGUGUGGGCUGAGAACAGUAUCGUCCAGGCCGUACCUGAACACCCCAAGAAGGACUUUGUCUUCUGCCUCAGCAACUCUCUAGGAGAUGCUUUUCUCUUCCAGUCCUGCAGCCAGACUGAGCUGGAGAACUGGAUCACGGCCAUCCACUCGGCGUGCGCGGCGGCCGUUGCCAGGCAGCAUCACCGGGAGGACACGGUGCGUCUGUUGAGGGCGGAGAUUAAGAAGCUGGAGCAGAAGAUCGACAUGGACGAGAAGAUGAAGAAGAUGGGAGACAUGCAGCUCAGUGCCGUGACCGAUACCAAGAAGAGGAAGACCAUACUGGACCAGGUGAGAGAGAGUGUGAGCUCAGUUACCGAUACCAAGAAGAUGAAGACCAUACUGGACCAGGUGUGGGUCUGUUGA